AGAGAGAGAGAGAGAGAGAAUGCUGCGCACGUUUGCAAAUUGUAUUAUAAGCUCGUAGAGUGUCUUAAUGACUUAUCUGUACGGUCGGGAAAUUUGCCGCUAGAUAAAAUUAUAAUGACAUUUAGUAUUGCAUUGUAGCUCCAUAGUCAGGUUAGGCGUAAAUAGUUGGAUUGGAGCACGUUUUCCAACAGUAGUGGCACGAGUGUUAUAAACAGUGGUUGCCUUUGGAAGCAUUCCAGUAAUGGCUGUUUUGUAUGCAGCACUGUUGGUCCUGGCGAUUCUGACCCACAUUGGACUGCGCCCCUGCCUGGCCCAAUGUCUGGACCCGCAGUCGUUCACGUGCAGCGUCGGUGUAAUCAACAUGACCUCGGACGGCGCCGCCAAGCUACGUAGAACCAUCGACAGCGAUGUCGAGGCGUUCUGGAUGGUAUUAACCAUCGACAAGCUGAUUGUCAGUAGCAGUGGCUCGGGUCCGUUUCUACAGCGCAUUGCCGGCUUCACUGAUCAGAUUACGUACCUAGUUUAUCGCGAGCCUGUAUUCCAGAUUCCCGAAGGUAACACGCUCUCCGAUAUCGAUAUUUACAAUGCGGGCAGCUUACGUUCGCUGGUCGCAGGGACGAAUCGACACCUGAAACAACUAUCCGUGGAGACCUGCAUGCUAGAUCGAGUGCCACCGACACUCGCGCAGAUGAUUGCACUAGAGAACCUGAACAUCCAAAACUGCGCCCUGACAGCACUUCGCAUGGAUGUGUUUGCGAACAAUCCGAACCUCUCCAUAAUAUCCCUGUCGCGGCAUCAAAUACGGCAGAUAUUUCCUUUUACCUCGCCACCGAAACAGAGACUAAUCGUGGCGCACCUCGAUCUAGCCGCGAACCAGCUGGAACGUCUGGACAUGGCCGCCUUUGUCCAUAUGCCAGACCUGGAAAGGUUGGACGUGCGGGGAAACCGUAUCUUGCGCGUGGAAGCGACCUCACCGGCAACGUACGAGUCACUGCUACGACUAUCCAUUACGUUUAACAAAAUUUCGUCGAUCGACUUACGCAACCUUACCCUUCCGUCGCUGAGAUCGUUCUACUUGGACGAUAAUGAGCUCACGCAAAUUCCCACAGUUUUGGGACGGAUGCCUCAACUGCGCUACUUCGGCAUCGAUCGAAACAAUCUCACCCAGCUGGACAUGAGUGUGUUUAGACGGUUUGAAAAUCUGUCCGCCAUCUUUGUGAAUGAAAACAAUAUCGAGUCCAUUCGCACCUCGUCCCCCGUCACGCUGCCCCUGCUCGAUCUGCUGACGUUCGAGAACAAUCAGAUUGCGUCGGUAAACUUUACCGGCUGCAACUUCCCGUCGAUGCACCUUGUUUCGUUCUUGAACAAUAAGCUGACCGCAGUCCCACCGCUGUUUCAACGGUUCAACAGUACGCGCAUGUCGGUCGAAUGGAACCCGAUUAGAUGUGCCAACUUGGCGACGUUUAGGGCGCGGUUCGUGGGGGGUCGUCUGUACGCCAGUACCGGUAAGACGCAGUCCGACUGUUUAACGUCAUCCAUGAUAGAGCUAACAGAAAACGUGAAAGGAUGCUGCGUCGCUUGAGCCGGCACCGAUCCGACAUGCGGCCUACUAUGUGUUGGAGGCAUCCUGCAAGAUGAAGCAUAAAUAAAAUCGCACAAACUCAGGAAUAA